AUGUCUGAUCUUAUGGAGAAGAGGAUCGUGAGGAAGAUCGAUAGGCAUAUCAUGCCAUGGGUCAUUGUCGCAUAUUUGCUGAAUUAUCUUGACCGAACAAAUUUGGGUAACGCACGAACUCUCAACAAUGAUAAACCUGGUGAAUCAUUGGUAGAGGUCCUUAACCUUUCAGGGGAUCGGUACAACUUGGUUGUCGCGAUAUUCUUCGUACCCUAUGUCAUAUUCGAAUUCCCCAGUAACAUUGCCCUCAAAUACUUCACCCCAAGCAAGUGGAUUGCCCGUAUCAUGGUCACGUGGGGUAUCGUAACCAUCUGCACUGCUGCUAUAUCGAAUUAUGCGGGCCUCAUGGUCUGUCGUGUAUUCCUGGGUAUCUGCGAGGCGGGAUUUUUCCCCGGAGUCAUGAUGUACCUUUGUUUCUGGUAUACUCCAUCCGAGAGGGGUACCAGAAUGGCCAUAUUCUCCGCUUCCAUCGCUGUCGCCGGAGCUUUCGGUGGGUUGAUCGCUACCGGUGUCUCAUUCAUGUCCGGAAAGGCAUCGCUCUAUGGAUGGCAAUGGCUCUUCGUUCUUGAGGGUAUCCCCGCCGUCAUCGUGGGAGUCUUGAUUUACUUCUUCCUUCCCGACUACCCUGAGACGGCCCGAUUCCUGACCGAGGAGGAGAGACUCUUUGCGUCAGAACGUAUGGGACCUUUCGCACCCAAAGGUACCGACAAGCACUUUGACAAAGCCGACUUCAUCGCCACGAUCAAAUCCUGGCACUUCUGGAUAUUCUCAUUGCACUACUUCUUGAUGACAAACUCUCUGAAUGCGUUUGGCUAUUUUGCCCCAACCAUCAUCUCUGCUAUGGGCUUCAAAGGAUACAAAGCACAACUGUUGACCGUUCCACCCAACGCCUUUGCCUUUUUCGUGAUCAUUGGCAACUCCUGGUGGUCUGAUAGGCGGAAAGAACGACCACGACAUGUCAUAGGAGCUCUUAUCCUAGUCGCCAUCGGUUACGUACUCCUGGCUACUGUGAAAGGCGUAGGUGGUAGAUACGUUGGAACAUGCUUGAUUGCUUGUACCAACGCUGCCGUAAUUCCUUUCGUCGCAUAUCGAACAGCUACAGUAGCCGGAGCCACAAGUACAGCUAUUGCAACUGGUGCAAUGAUUGCUAUUGCGAAUUGCGCGGGUAUCGUUGCCCCUUAUCUGUUCAGGUCAAAGGACUCACCUCACUACUAUCCUGGCUUAUGGACUCUAUUCGCCAUGCUUGGCACGGCAGUUCUGCUCACCGGUGUACUCUGGUAUAAAUUAGGUUCGUCGAGUGAAUAUAGAAUACCGGUGCAAGACCAGAGCGAAUAUGUCGGAGCUAUCGGGCUCAACGAGACGCCAGUCAACGAGCGAGCUGAUUCCGAAGGCGAGGAGGGAGAGAAGAAGGUGCCUGGGAUUCACAACGUCAACGUCUCAUCGCUAGAGGCUCGCUAA